UUGUUAUUUUUUAAUAUUCUUAUUUAUUUAUUUUUCAAUCCGAGGGCACACCAUAGGCUUUUAAGGAACACGUUAUCGGGGCUGAGCUUGCGAACGACGUUGCCGUUGGAGACAAUCCGAGUGGUCUCCCAGAAAGCAGGCGAACGCAAUUUCAACGUCUUCUAUGAGCUGUGUGCUGGCAUGUCAUCUGAAAUAAAAGCCAGCUACGGUAUUCGGGAUCAGCAGAAGUUCUUCUACCUUACACAGUGCUAUCACAUAUCUGUAACGAUCACCUCAACGGUGUCGUCAACUGGAAUUUAUUACUGUAGACGAAGGAGAACGUUCGCUGACUGUCUAUACGAAAUGAGUUCGACGGGCAAAGUCGGAGAGGAUGGAGGACGAGAUGAUAUGGUCAACUUUUCACGACUCCACGCAUCACUAGAGAUUGUCGGGUUCUCCGAGGAACAGAGACAGAUUAUCUAUAAGACACUGGCAACAAUAUUACAUCUCGGAAAUAUGUACUUCAGACAGCGUCGGGUACGAGUUCUACUUGUUGGAAUGAAUACCGCUGACGAUUCUGAAUAUGUGGAAGUGGGUAACGAUGCUGAGCUAAAGUGGGCAUCAUACCUGCUAGAUGUGGACAUGCAUAGUUUCGCUCCAUGUUUCACACAUAAGAUCACUAAAACAGAUGAAGGAGUAACCAAGAUGCCAUACAGUAUUGGUCAAGCACUCGAUGCACGUGAUGCACUGGCUAUGUCCCUUUACGAACUAGUAUUCAAUUGGAUUUUGAAUCGGAUCUCAUUACAUCUAAAAUGCGCUGAUCAUAACGCUGUUAUCAGUGUCGUUGAUUGUUACGGUAUUGAACGUUAUAACAACAACGGCCUGGAACAGUUGCUGAUCAACAGUGUGAAUGAAAAACUUCAGAACGCUUUUGUCAAACAGACUUUCUACGAUGAAAUUGCUGAUUAUGUCGGCGAGGGACUGAUUUUCGACUGGAAGAUGCCAUCAACACUCGAUAAUGAGAAAGCUGUUGAUUUGCUCUGCAAGAAACCUUACGGCUUACUCUACCUUAUCGAUGAUGAAUGCAAAUUCCCAAAAGCCAAGAACAAAGAUCGCCUCCAGAUGUCCGUGCGACACUUUUUCGGUACUACAUGGUACAACGUUCAUGGAUUUGUUCAGCGGAACAAGCGUUCGUUGCCAGGUCAAGUGGUGAAGAUCUUGGCCGAAAGCCAAAACCCGGUAAUUUCUAUGCUAUUCCGGCCCAUAGCUAAUGGAAAGGAAGGUGCUGACUAUGUCGUCUACGCUGCACAGCAGUUCAAUACUGCAUCGACGGCGAUGAUCGAGAAAAUUCUGAGUGGAAAUUCGCAUUUUGUACGAUGUGUGAAGUGCAACAGCGAACGAAUUCCUGCUCGUCUUGAUGUACCGUCGUUAUCUCGGCAGCUGAAGUCGCUCUGUAUCAUGGAAACUCUACUGUUCCGUCGAGUAGGAUAUCCGGUCCGAAUUCCGUUCGAGAGAUUCGCUCAGAGCUAUCGUUGCCUUUUACCAUCAGACAUUGCCCUUUGUCAGAAGCAGAAGGAAAUCAUCGUCGACAUCUUAGAUGGGCAGGGGCUCAAAUUUGCCAAGGAUUUCCAAAUUGGUGGGGUUCUUCUCGUUUUUUUUUUAAAUUUUUACAUCCUUCUGAAAACUAUAAGCAGAAUUCUGUCAAACUUCCGUGAACGAUAUUCAGGAACCAGCUAUGUGUUUCUACGAGACCGUCUAGCUGAUCACCUACAGGCGCUCAGGGAGAAAACCCAAAGAGAUGCAGCUUAUGUCAUACAGAAAACUAUGCGAACAUAUGUUGCUCGUAAGGGAUAUCUCCGUAAGCGUCGGGCCAUCGUACGACUACAAGCGGGACUUCGAGGAUGGAAAGCGAGGAAGGAGUGCAGCGCUCUCCGCGAGCAGAUGUUCAAGAAUCUUAGUAAUCAGACGAAGAGAAAUCGUCGUCUUAACGCUUAUCAUGAAACGUUGCUGACUAGCAAUCCGGACCAGAAGUGUCCGGGCGCCCUGCUGGGAUGUUUCGAUGUGGAAAACUUCCCCAGUAAACAGCUUGAUAAAUCACCCAGCGAAUCGAAGCCGAAGACUGGAAACAUGAAAAUUACUACUGACUAUUUGCCAGUAAAACUAAAGAGUCGUAUUGGCAUCGUCGAGCCAGUGACGAUCGAGAAAUUCGCCGAGGAGAACUUCAAAGGACACCUGCUCGAGCCAAGGCGUGAACCGAUUCUGACGCCCUUCCUUCACAAGGAGAACGAUCUCGACUUUCGUUUAUCGAUCGAAGUAUUUAAGCUCAUACUAAAGUACAUGAACGAUCAAACCCUGAACCGAACACAACUGGACGACCUUGCUCGUUAUAUUGUAAAACAGGGUAUAAACAAUCCAUGUCAACGUGACGAAAUCUUUGUACAAAUAUGCAACCAGAUUUAUCGCAAUCCUGACAAGGAAGCGACGUCUCGAUGUUGUCGUCUACUGUUACAAGCAGUUGGAGUGUUUGCGCCCACUGAGAACGUCCUUCCUAUGUUGAUAAGUUUCUGUGGUGAACAACGCUUGCCACUACAAACCCAGUUGCUCAACACGAUCGCAAGAAGAAUGAACAUGUUGGGGAACCAGACCGCUCGUCUUCUACCCGCUUCGCGUCUAGAGAUGGGAGCGCUUUGCGGUUUUCAUAAUGCAGCCGUUGAGGUGACAAGCCAAGAUGGCCAAAAUCACAUGGUAGAAGCCCAUCCAUGGAUAACAAAUGAGGAGCUGGCGAAUAACGUCCUGAGACACAGAGGGAUCGGCAACCCGAGUGGCUGGAGUGUAGAGGUUGAGACCGACAACGUGCUUUACUGCCCUACUGGUGCUCAUUUCCUUCACGACGUUAUUUCCGAGAUAGAGCAUGGAAAAGAGGAGAAUAAGAGGUCUUUCUUCUACAGCUAUCCAACCGACAGGACACUACCACCUGUGAACAAGAAAAAAGUUGACAUACAAGUUACUCCUACUCAGCUCUCAUGCAGAGGAACCCUUACACAAGGUUUAACUGUCCUAGAUGCACCGCCACGAACUCGCUAUCCUUCGUACGGAAGCCCUCGGAGAGAGCGAUCCGAAGACAUCCCACCUGAGCUGCCCAAACAGCCAGUUCCCAACAGUUCGAUGACGAAGUUCGAACCGUCACCAUAUCGGUCUCCAUCGCAGUCACAGCAUCGGUACACUGCCUCCCAGGAGCGAAUGGAACGCCAUAAUCCAACACCGCCGAAUCAAUACUACCCUCAACCCAACGUGCAAAUGGUCCAGUAUGUUCCUGUGAUGAUGGCACCACAGCCAAUGAUGUUCUCUGCGCCAAUGAACCAGGCUUUGGUUCAACAACCUGUACUGGUUCCUGCUCCUGCUGUUCCUGUUAUGGCACCGCAUCGAGAAGAAGCUUCUCACUGGAGGGAAGAGGACCAUGCUGCUGCACCGAUGUCACACCGUCGUGAUCAGAGUACCCAGAGCCACAGCAAUACCAGCGAAGACCGUAGCCGUGACUACGAUACCGUGAAAUCCGUCAACCGCCCGGAGUUCGACUCAUAUCGCUCCUACUCAAGUGCUGCCACAAGAGUUGGGGAAUGUGAUUCACGGGCCAUGAACGUUAGUCGAAGUGACUAUGUGCCCAGCGUUUACUCGACGAUGUCCGUUGCUUCCCGGAUCCGCAACAUGCCCGUACCGAACAGCAGCCGAGAUGUGGAUCGAUUCUUGGACGAAGUCUUUGACCAGGUGUUAUCACCACACGAAAUGGCCGUCGAAAUGUCUGCACAUGAAAUCGCUGCAUCCAUCAAAGGAGGUGCUUAUGGACCAUCAGAUUACGAACCAGCGUACCAAAAAGCUGGACCAACGUACCAGCAAAACUACUCUGGACACUACCUAAACAAUGGCGCGGAUUCAGACCAGUACAACUAUGUUGACCGAGAAGCCUUGGUGAGUUCAAGCGAUUGGAAUUUGUAG